AUGCGUGGCCCACUCCAACUGUUUCCCGCGCUAAAGUUCAGGCUUCUCAACUGCAUAUUCAAUCCGUAUAUUUUACUUCCGCACUCUGUAUUCCUUAUUACCACUUGGGUGCUGGUCACGAUUCAACAGACGGAUGUGAGCAUUUCAACAAAUACGAGUCCGUCGGUUGUUACUGCUACUACAACUGUUAUUGCUACACCUACAACUCUCACCACCACCAUAAUUACCACUCAAUUUCCAACACAAACGCCAGAUUUUGAGUUACAAGUCAAAGACUAUCUCUCUUUGAAGGCGAACGAUACUGCUCAAGUAAUCAACGCCCAUCUUCAGAGCUAUUCAAGUAAUUUAGAAGCUAGUAUUCUGGGCUGGAACAACUCAAUCCAGACUCAAUUGCAGCUGGAAGCACAGCAUUAUAAAUCAUUGCAACAAUAUAAUCAAACCAUAUUUUUGAAUCUGGUUGAUCAAGCUCAGGUAAUAAAUUCGUCUGUUGAAUAUCUCACCACUAAUGGUCUAGUAGUGACCUCUGGUUCUAAUCCUGAUGUAUUGGCAGGGUUGAGUCUAAACAUCACUUUUCUCCAAAACGUCUUUGGAAACAUUUCUUCAAGUUUGAACGCCCUGGAAAGCAUCCACCGGUACAGUCUCCCAAGUGUUAGCUUCCAAACUUUCUUUCCUGCUGAUGUACAAAACUGGAUCAAAAAUGACCAAGACAUUCAAACUUCAACAAGUCAGCUCAUCAACAAUUUAGAAAGUACCUUAAAUCAAACUAACAGGAGCAUGAAAAAGAGAGAUCAAAUUAGCAAAAACACAACAGAUUAUAGACACAAGGGUCUUGAGUUAAGCGGUAUCUUUGCUGGCACUUAUUUGAGUACCGUGUUACUUUUUUGGUGCUUGGAGUACUUAUCAUAUCGAAUCGAAAUUGUACAAUUUCAACAGACUGUGGAGAAACAAGUGGUAUUCGUCGAAGAAAAGCAGCAAGAUAUCGACCCGAUAAUAACUCGCUUGCAAGCUCACGAAAAUCUCCAGGAGAUAUUGAGAGCGUUCGAUUAUUUUGCAAAACAUCCUGUCGUAAGCAGUUUGGGGGAAAUUCAAAAGGGUCUAGCGCAACGUAUUAUGCCACCAAAAGCUAGGGCAUCGUGUGGAAGAAUUACGAAAUUUUUCAACUGGUGGUUAGCAACGCAUGGGUUGAUGCUCUGGGUUCUUCUUUUGACCUUUGUAGUCGAAGGCCAAGUUGUGUCAAGAUUUAUCAAUACUACGGUUGAUUCAAAACAGGUAUUCAAACGUGAAACUUCUACUAUUAACAACAAGACCAGCUUUGAGCGUGCUGAACCAUUCUGCAGUGCAUUUGAAGCUGUUGUAAACUACAAACUAAAUGCUACGGCCCAGCAAGUCCUUUGGAACGGUCAGAAUGGAACAAUCUCUUCAGUUUACGAUGAAAUUAUAAAGCAGCUAAACGAAACCAGUCAGUCUUUCCCAUUUCAAGCAGCCGAAAUUUCUGUACUGCGUGAUAACCAAGACCUUACUUUCACGAAUUUCUCAUCCAUGCUUGCGUCUAGUUUCCUCGAUUCCAAUAUCGCGACGACUUAUUCAACAAAUAAAAAGAUUCACAAGCGAGAUCUAGAAACUAUAUCCGGAGUAAAUUAUAAAGCAGUAAAAACUGUUUAUCACCAAAUCUGCUUGGUUCUCAUAUUUACCAUUGUAUUUCACCAUGGUUGUGGAUUGCUUCUUGCGUUCUUUUAA